AUGAAAAGUAAAGACCUCCAAAAAACUGUAAAAAAUAAAUAUGAAAACGACGAUGAACCGACGAAAAUUUUCCGCGAUUUAGGCGGAGUUGUUUCAUUAAGAACAAUCAAAUUAUGGGUUCAAAUGCUCAGCGAAACAGGCAAAGAAGACACCAAAAGAUGGCUUUAUUCCGGUGAAAAAUAUUUUGAUUUAGAUGGUGUCUAUAAUGUUCAAAACGAUCGUGUAUGGGCGGUCAGUAGAGCAGAAGCAUAUAGACAAGGUGGUAUACACCAGAAAACAAAAUUUCCAACAAAAGUGAUGGCGUGGUUAGGUGUAUGUGCAGAAGGUCUCACAGAAUCGAUGAUCAUAGAGGAUGAAACGAUGGAUGCCGAAAGAUAUAUCAAUGAUGUUCUUCCCAUCGCUCUAAAAUCUGGUGACCGAAUGCUGGGAGACAAUUGGACUUACCAGCAAGAUGGGGCUAAACCCCAUAUCUAUUGGCUGGCUCAAAAAUGGUGUACUGACAAUUUUCCUUCAUUUAUAUCGAAGAAACUCUGGCCGCCUAACUCACCUGAUUUAUGUCCACUAGAUUAUAGUUUAUGGAAUGAACUAGCCGAAUCUAUGGACUGGACUAAGAUAACAACAAAAACAACAAUGAUAAAGGAAAUAAAAAGUUCCGUAAAAAAGAAAAAUGUUUACAUUCUGUACUUGAUUUUACUGUAA